AUGACGCCCAGUCCCCCCGAUGAAGCGCUUCACUUUCGUGGAAAGACUCUGACUCCGGAAAGCCCUCGGCCCCUACAUAUCCCAGAGCCAUCCAAUAUCCCAGUCUUAGAGAACCAAAUGGACCCCGUCUUCAACGAUACCUCCACCUAUGAACGCUCGGUGUAUAAGCAGGUCCCGCAAAUACACGAUGGAUGGUUGCACGGAGGGUUGAAGGAUGGGGGGGGACAGAGUCAGACCCAAGAUGCUGGUAGUUUUCAUGGCUCGCAACCAAAUCGUGGGAUGCAGAAUGAAAUGAUUGCUUCUGCAUACUACCCUCCUAACCCAGCGUCGGGGUCCGAAAAUCCCAGCCAUCAGAGCUCGGGUUUCUCUCACCCCGAUUCCACUUAUUCCCUCGCUGCUCCGGACGCUCCGGUAUCCCAAGCCUUUGCCACUGGGAGCGAAGUAGAUCAUGCCCACAACCCGGAGCAGUCAAGGAUGCCGGACCGCCUAAUUGCUGAGGAGCGCGGGGGACAUACCACAGGAGGUGUCAAUUUCCAGCAACUCCUCGACAAUCUUUCUCACCCCAACCCCGGUGCAACCAUUCCCGCCGUCUCUUCCGCUGAGAACUCGUCUCUCCACCAAGCACCCGCUGGCGAGUCGCUCAAAUCCCAGGGCAUCCCUGCCCACCUUCAAGCCCAAAGCCACGAUUCUAUCCAGGCCCAUUAUACUCCAAAUGUCGAGGUGGCAUAUCACCAACUUCCGUCUGCCCAUGAUGCUGCUGCUACUGCAUCGCCUGCCUACUCAGCCCAACCUAGUAAUAUCCAACCCCAAACCCAGUCUCAGCCAUUUAACAUUGCUUCGGGAGAGGUCUCGGCCGUCAACAAUCUACUUCCUCCUAUUUCCACUUACCCGAAACCCCCAUCUACCGGUGCCGAAUCUCAGGGCUCCUUGCAAGAGCCGCUUUUAGCCUCCAAGAAAGGCCGUGUUGAUAAGCAGGGUCGGCCUAUCAAGCUUUCUGACGAUGAUAUGCCCUGGGGCCCAGAGGUUCAAAAGAAAUAUGACGAGUUUCUGCACGAUGAGCGGAUCUAUGUGACAGAAGGUCUUUGGGAUCGGUUCCCGAUGGGCUCCAGGUUGUUUGUUGGCAACCUUCCCACUGAAAGAGUCACCAAGCGAGACAUGUUCCAUAUCUUCCACAAGUACGGUAAAUUGGCUCAGAUAUCGAUCAAGCAGGCAUACGGCUUCAUCCAGUUUCUGGAGGCGAGUUCCUGCCAUGCGGCUCUCGGCGUCGAACAGGGAGCCGUCAUCUUGAAAUUUCAAAGCCUCAACGAUCUACCCGACCCACUCAAGCACCCGAAGCUUCCCGUGCACCGCCGCCACGUCGUUCCCGGUCACCGGAGUUCAGCCGUGCCGGUCCUGGCCGAACUAACGUCCGAGCCCCAGUCGACCGAUACGACCGGUCUAAGCCCUAUGAAGCAAGUCGGCUUCCAUUCAGCGAUUUCCGGGAUGAACCUUCUCAUCGCAGCAGACGCGACGAUUAUCGCCCGCCACGAUCGCCUUCCCCACGACCUUUUCGGGGAUCUAGAGAUGGGUAUCGGUCGCGCGACAGAAGCCCGGAAAGAUUUGAUCGCCGCGAGCGAAGGCGCUCCCGUUCUCCACGUUCUCCUCGCUCUCCUUAUUCCAGAGACCGACGUUACCGCAGCCACAGCCCAAGACCCCGUGCGAGAUGUACCAGAUGUGCAGAUCCUUGUGCUGGAGGAACUCGACAGAAACUUCGUGCUUCAUGUAGAGAACGCGUUCCGCAACCGUGGGCUGCGAGUAGAUGUCCUGGUGCUUGGUCCGCGGAUCCCUCUUGGCGCGGCCGUGCAUCGUCAGUUUAUUGAAGGUGUUCUUGCGGUUGUUCGCCUCGCCCGUCCGAACCAAGUCUCUCGGAAGAUUCCUCUGCAGCUAUUUGAUCGAACCGCUGGAUUGGAUAAUGUUCGCUUCCUUGAUUACCCCGAGCUCGAACCUAAUAUGUCUGCUGAGCUCCUGAGCCACCAGUCCCAAGCGAUGCAGCGAGGAGCAGCGCCAGCCGCAUUUGCACCCAAUCCUGGUUUCAUCCUUCCUCCUGCACAGCCUAUGGCGGUCCCUCCGCCUGGCUUGCCUGCGCUUUCAAACCCACCCAACAUUGCGAACCUCAUUGGUUCACUUGACGGUCCUAGCCUUUCAACUCUCUUGUCGGCGCUCCAGCGACCUCCCCAUUCGCAGCCUGUUUCUGCUACUCAGUCGCCCUUUUCCUCACCAAACCCACCUCCCGCCGACCUCGCCAGUCUCCUGACCAACGCGCAUAGGGCGCCACCUAUGCAAACCACCGCACAGCAACCCCUCCCCCACCCACCCUUCAAUCUACAGCCUGUAAAUGCCCCCGUCAUCACGGAUCCAACCCUGCUAUCGCUCCUGGCCAAAGGACUAGGUGGACAACAGCAGCAGAGCCAGGGACCCGUCGGUCCCCAGGUACAGAACCUGAUGCAGCACCUGGCUAAAUGGAAGCAAUGA